AUAAAUUCGACCAUCAUGGUAGCCAUCCAGAACCAAUCCGGAGCCGACUUCUCUGCGGGCCAAGUGGCGGCGCGCCUCUUGGGCUCCACCGCCUCAGGCGUGUUGGAACUCGCCAUCUUCCAUCCCGUGGACACCGUCGCCAAGCGCCUCAUGACUAACAAGAGCUCGGAUCUCAGCAUUUCGGAAGUGAUCUUUCGCGACGCUGCCGCCAAGCCCCUUGGUCAGCGCUACGCGUCGCUCUUCCCCGGAGUCGGCUUUGCUGCCGGGUACAAGAUCUCGCAGCGCAUUUACAAAUUCGGCGGGCAACCCGUGGUCAAGGACUACAUCACCAAGCACCACAAGCAGACGUUCGUGGACGUGUUCGGCGACGCGCACGCCAAGACCUUCAUGCACGCCACCGCCGGAUCUCUCAUCGGCGUUGGUGAGAUUGCAUUGCUGCCGCUGGAUGUGCUCAAGAUCCGCGCGCAAACCAACCCCGCCGCCAUCGCCGGCCGCGGCGUGCUCGACAUCUUCAAGACGGAGGGCUUCGCCUUGUACCGCGGGGCCGGGUGGACGGCUGCCCGCAACGCCCCUGGCUCGUUCGCGCUAUUUGGGGGGUCCGCAGCCGCCAAGGAGUACCUCUUUGGGCUGGAAAACUACAACGACGCCACGUUUUUCCAGAACUUUGUCGCAUCGAUCGCCGGUGCCUCGUCCAGUAUCAUUGUGGCGCAACCAUUGGAUGUGAUCAAGACCCGCAUCCAAUCGCGGGCGUUCGACUCGCCUGAAAGCGGCGCGCAGGUGAUCAGCAACUUGCUCAAGAACGAAGGCCCGGGUGCAUUGUUCAAGGGACUUUUGCCCAAGUUGGGCGUGGUCGGCCCCAAGCUCGUGUUUUCGUUCUGGGUCGCACAACAGCUGAUUGCCCACUUUGAAAAGUCGUUUGCAUAGACAGAUGUACCAUAGACUUAUAUAACUUCAACCCCCCUUCAAGACGUAUGGUCGAUGGACAUUUCGUAAGUGUGAAAUGUGAUGAAACAGUUUUGAAACUGCUCGCCUUCCGGUGAACAAUCGGAUGGUUACGUACCUCUUGAACCACGCCAACAACACUCGAUGG